AUGAACAUUGAGUAUCUUCAGAAACUUUGGGACUCCUUUAGUCACAAAUACACAGCAGCCUAAAAGAACCCAUCCGUCUUUUGUUUCACCCUUUUAAAUAUGCUGCGUAUUGAAGAUUCAGAUUCUAUUAUUGAUGCUGGAUGUGGAGGGGGACAUCUCCAUCAAUAUAUAGUGGAGAAAAAGAACCCAUAUGCUAGAUUUGUUGCUUUUGAUUUCUCCAAUCAAAUGGUCAAAAUUACAGCUGCCAGGAUGUACAAGUACCUCACACAACAGUAAAAGGGCGGUAUCGACCAACUUACCUAAGAAGAAAUAGAUAAUGUCAAUUUAAAUUCCGAAAUCUUUAAUUAAAUUAACUAUUCCGUAUAACAGGCCAAUAUCCAAGAACUAAUUUAAUUCUAAGAUAACACAUUUGAAACAUACCUCUCCAAUUUAGUUUUCCAUCUUAUCCCAAAUCCCCAAUAAGCCAUGGCUGAAGCAUAUCGUAUACUUAGGCCUGGAGGCAGACUCGGUAUUACUGUUUGGGGAUCCAAAAAUAACAGCAAAGCAUUGACCAUCUAUUAAGAAGCCUUGAUUAGAAGUGGAAUCCUUGAAUAACCCCAAGGUCCUUCCAAAUUUUUGGAAAGCACUCAACCAGUCAUCGAAAUGGCCCAAUUACAAGGAUUCACAAACAUAUAUUGUUGGACUUAAUAAGGUCCAUUUGACAACUUUGGUUUAGAAGAUCUAGCCAAAUUUUCAAAUCCAGAAGUAUUGGAACUAUUGAAAAAUGCUCCUCUCGAGAAAGUUUAAUAAUUUGAGAACAUUGUUUCAGAGAUUCUAAAUGAAGAGAAGCUGAAGUAUUAACCUUUGUUUCUGGAGUGCAUUUUAUUAGUAGCAACAAAACCAAAGUGAGAAAUUAUAUUAUAAAUAUAUAUUAAUUAAAAAUAAAAAAA